AUGGCGCUUGCGCUGCGCUGCCCCGCCGCCGCCUCGCCGUCCAGGGCCCCCUUCCCCAACUCCUCCUCCCACUCCCAGUCGGCUGCGAGGCCCGCGAGGAGGCCGGCGGGGGGCUGCAGGUGCCAGUACUACCACGGCGACGCCCCCCCAAGAAGCUACGACCACAUCCCCAAGCAGUUCCGCGAGGAGAACCUCAAGGAUGGCCUGAUGGAUAAUUACAAGAAUGUUCCCCAGUUCCUUUAUGGCUUAAGCCCAUCUCAGAUGGAAAUGUUUACAACUGACGACAACCCUUAUAAUCGGCAGUCAAAGAAAGUUACAGAGGAAAGCGUUGCUGCUUUGAGGAGUUAUGAUGAAUUCGGUAUGUACUCCUUAUCAGGCACGCAUGAGGGCCCUGCAAAUUACAGCAUGGGUAUGGGCAUGCCCAGCAUGAGCAUGGGUAGAGCAGGGAAAGGAUAUAGAAGAAUGAGAAGCUCAGCCCCGGAUCUGCCAUCAUUGCUGUUGGACUCCCGAAUUAUAUUUCUUGGAAUGCCAAUUGUUCCAGCUGUAACUGAGCUUAUUGCUGCUCAGUUUCUGUGGCUAGACUAUGAUGACCGCACGAAGCCAAUUUACUUGUAUAUAAAGGAUGAAAAUAACGAGCUGGUCGCGUCUGAAACUGAUGCCUAUGCAAUUGCUGAUUUCAUUAAUCGAAGCAAAGCCAAGGUUUACACCAUCAACCUUAGCAUGGCGUAUGGUCAGGCUGCCAUGCUUCUUUCCCUGGGGAUGAAGGGUAAAAGAGGAGUGCUACCAAAUUCGAUAACUAAACUGCACCUGCCCAAGGUCCACAAAUCCGGUGGAGCUGCCAUUGAUAUGUGGAUUAAGGCAAAAGAGUUGGAGACAAACACGGACUACUAUCUGGAACUCGUGUCCCAGGGAGUCGGUAAACCUAAGGAAGAGCUCGCAGAGUUCCUGAGAGGCCCGAGGUACUUCCGCGCGCAGGAGGCCAUCGACUACGGGCUCGCCGACACGAUCCUGCACUCGCUGGACGGCUCGUUCAAGCCGAAGGACCUGACGGCGCAGCUGGCCAAGGCGCAGGAGAUGCGGCAGUCUGGGAAGCGCGCUCCGGCUGGAGCUGGGCGAUGGUCGACCCCGACCGCACCCAGAUAG